AUCCGUCGUGACUCGGCCUGUAUAAGUACAAAGGAAGCCGAGCUCUGCUCUUCAUCCACACCUGGGAACGUCGCGCUUGUCUUCGACUAAUCUUCAACCAUGAUUGUGGCAAUCUGUUUCGCGUCUCUGAUGGCUGUAUGCUAUGGUCAACACGCUGGGCUAUCGUCCAGCUCGGCAGAAGGCGCUUCGACGUUCGGUACUGGAUCACCGGGCGAAUUCGGAAGCCUGGGUUCAACUGGCAUGGGUCAGAGUGGCAUGGGUAGCAUGGGACAGAGAAGCAUGAGUGGCAUGGGUGGUAUGUCCCAGUUCAGGACACUAUCACGUCCCAGAUCCAGACCGAGCUCCUCGUUCCAAGAUAUGAUGAUGCCUUUUGCCCUAAUGGGAGGUGGCGGCGACCGGAUGAUGCGCAUAAUGAUGUUUCAAAUGAUGAAGAGCGGAGCGUUGAGCAAGAUGGGUCCCAUGGGCCAAAUGCUGCCGCUGAUGAUGAUGCGUGGCGGCGGCAACGACGCCAUGAUGAGAAUGAUGAUGUUAUCCUCCAUGAUGCAGAACAAGUCCAUGAACCCGAUGAUGAAGAUGAUGAUGAUGACGAUGAUGAACGGCGGCGGCGGCGGAGAGAUGAGCAAGAUGAUGCCCAUGCUCAUGAUGAUGGGGGGUCGGCAGGGUGGCGGAUCGGGCCAGAUCCCAAUGUCGGCGUUGGCUAUGAUGAUGCAGAGUAACGCUAUGGAAGGACAAGGCGGUGGUGGUACAGGAGGAGGAGCCGGACAGACGGGAAUGGCAGAUUUAACCGCCAUGGCUAACGCACUGUCACAACGAGGUGGAAUGGGGACACAGCCAGCAGGUAGUGGAAUGGGCUCAUUCGGCCAACAGACAGGAGGUCCAUUAGACACUAUGCCUGGAGGAGGUUCAUUCGGCAUGGGCAGCGGAACAAGUGCAUUCGGCCAGCCUAGCACCACUGGUUUUGGUCAGCGAAGCUACAAUCCGUUCAGCCAGAUGCAGCCUCAGCAGCGGCAGUCGAGCGGCAUGGGCUCUAUGUGGCCACUACUGGGAAUGAUGGGCGGCGGAGACAGGAUGAGGAGACUGAUGAUGUUCCAGAUGAUGAGGGGCGGGGGAAUGGCCAAGAUGGGCAUGAUGGGCAAACUCCUUCCCCUGAUGAUGAUGCGCGGAGGAGGCAGCGACAGCAUGAUGAGGAUGAUGAUGUUUUCCAUGAUGGGCCAGAAGAACAUGUCGCCAAUGGCACGCAUGAUGAUGAUGUCAAUGAUGGGCGGUGGUGAGAUGCAGCAGAUGCUUCCUCUGGCUAUGAUGAUGGGACAGGGAGGACAGGGCGGUGCAGGGGGUGGCGCCGGCGGAUUUAACCCAAUGUUGUUUGCUUUAAUGCAGGGUAACAUGUGAGGUCUCCCAUAAAUGAUUGUACAAAGAAACUGUCUUGUCCAAAUGUGUUGUCUGUUCGCCAUCAUACACAGAUUCGUCUCGACUGCUCUGCAACCAGAGGUGUUUAUAGAUCCAUCACAGUCUAUGACACGCCCUUGGCUGGGUGUUGGUGUGGUGCACAUCAUGUGGUAAAAUACUGUGUGACUGAACAAACUAUUUUCUAUAUAAAUCUCUAGUAAUUAUA